AUGGCAAUGGCAAAAGUCUUUGGAUUUACCUCUAUCGAUCAUAACGAUACCUAUCCGGCGAUCGCAAAAGCCUGCCAACAAGGAAAAGCCGUUCUCAUAACAGGCGCUUCGAAGGGGAUCGGUCGAGCCACAGCAAUCUCAUAUGCAAAGGCCGGAGCUCAAACAAUUAUUAUUGCUGCGCGAAGCAAUCUAGAUGAAGUCGAAAAGGAGAUCCUUGCAGCCGCAAAGGAAACAGGAAAAAGGUCACCUCAAAUACUCAAACUUGCGCUCAAUGUCACGGAUGAGAAGAAUGUUGCGGAAGCUGCUGCUAAAGUAAAGGAGACUGUCGGAAAAGUUGAUAUCCUCAUCAAUAACGCUGGAUAUCUUGAAGAAUGGAUACCGAUAAGUGAAAGUGAUCCAUCGGAGUGGUGGAAGACGUGGGAAAUCAACAUGAAGGGCGUCUACCUUGUGACUCGUGCUAUACUCCCUCUGGUCUUGCAAAGCGAAACCAAGACCAUUGUCAACCUCAGUUCUGUCGGCGCUCACAUGACAGCUAACGGGGCAUCUGCAUACCAAACCUCAAAGCUGGCUGUGAUUAGAUUCACCGAAUUCAUUGCCGCGGAAUACGGCGAAAAGGGAAUCGUUGCGUUUUCCAUUCAUCCUGGUGGUGUUUUCACUGAGUUGGCUAGCAAGUUGCCUGAUUAUUUGCGUCCAAAACUUGUUGACACGCCUGAACUGGCGGGUGAUAGUCUUGCAUGGUUGACUCAGGAGAAGCAAGAGUGGUUAAAUGGUCGUUAUGUUAGCGUUAAUUGGGAUAUGCCUGAGUUGAUUGCGCGAAAAGAUGAGAUUGUGAAGGAGGAUAAGUUGAAAGUGAGGAUGGUUGUGUAG